CUUUCAUCUGCCCCUGAUUUGAACGCAGCUGCCAGCGUUCCUCCAAUGAUAGGAGUCCACAUGCAGCACAGGGAAGAGAGACAGCAGAGAGGCGCCUCGCUUUCAUAAAAGCAGACUGAGAAGACCGAGUGGAAGCACAGAGAGCUGCGCCACGGUGAGGCAGGAAACGGCACCGGGAGGACUGGACCGAAUGCAGUCCCGAACACAGAGCACUGCCGCAGACACGUCCCCACCAACAGCGGAGACCAGCGGAGCCUCACACUAACCUUCACCCGGACAAGAAGGAGAAGUUCGGCUCACCUUUAAUAGAAAAAAAAAGAAAAAGGAAAAAAGAAAGAAACCGUCAUUCGCGUGCAGAUAAUCUUAACAGGGAGCCGGGGGAACACGUUACACUGCCGACGGUAGCUAACCGAGAGUGAAUGUACGGCUCUCAGUUGGCACACUCAUUAUUUCUCCGAAAAGUACUGACAGCUUCCAAGAGCCACCGAGUCUCCUCAGACUAAUUCAGGUGAAGCUCAGUUGGAAGGAUCCUUCCGCCAUGGAGAACUCUCACACGAAGACUGUAGAAGAAGUUUACAGUUAUUUCUGCGUCAAUGAGAGCACAGGACUUUCCCUGGACGAGGUGAAGCGGCAGAAGGAGAAAUGGGGCCUAAACGAGUUACCAGCAGAAGAAGGGAAAUCUUUAUGGGAGCUCGUCCUGGAACAGUUUGAAGAUCUGCUCGUUCGAAUCCUGCUGUUAGCUGCAUGCAUAUCUUUUGUCCUGGCGUGGUUCGAGGAGGGAGAAGAAACAAUCACAGCGUUUGUGGAGCCUUUUGUAAUUUUACUUAUUCUCAUCGCCAACGCCAUCGUCGGAGUGUGGCAGGAACGCAAUGCUGAGGACGCCAUCGAGGCUCUGAAAGAGUACGAGCCGGAGAUGGGGAAGGUGUACCGGCAGGACAGGAAGACGGUGCAGAGGAUCAAGGCCAGAGACAUUGUACCGGGCGACAUUGUGGAAGUGGCUGUUGGAGACAAAGUGCCUGCCGACAUCCGCAUCUGUUCAAUCAAGUCAACGACUCUGAGGGUAGACCAGUCCAUCCUGACAGGUGAAUCUGUGUCUGUCAUCAAGCACACCGACCCCGUCCCGGAUCCUCGAGCCGUUAAUCAAGACAAAAAGAACAUGCUCUUUUCUGGCACCAACAUCGCCGCCGGGAAGGCCGUGGGUGUUGUCGUGGCCACGGGCGUCAACACAGAGAUCGGGAAGAUUCGCGACGAGAUGGCGGCCACAGAGCAGGAGAAGACGCCGCUGCAGCAGAAGCUGGACGAGUUCGGCCAGCAGCUCUCCAAGGUCAUCUCCCUCAUCUGCAUCGCCGUGUGGAUCAUUAACAUCGGCCACUUCAACGACCCCGUCCACGGCGGCUCCUGGAUCCGCGGGGCGGUCUACUACUUCAAGAUCGCCGUGGCACUGGCCGUCGCUGCCAUCCCCGAGGGCCUCCCCGCCGUGAUCACCACCUGCCUCGCCCUGGGCACCCGCCGCAUGGCCAAGAAGAACGCCAUCGUCCGCAGCCUGCCCUCUGUGGAGACCCUGGGCUGCACCUCCGUCAUCUGUUCGGACAAAACCGGCACUUUGACCACCAACCAGAUGUCUGUCUGCAGGAUGUUCAUACUCAACAAAGCAGAAGGAGAAAGCUGCUCUCUGUCAGAAUUCACCAUCACAGGUUCAACCUACGCACCUGAAGGAGAAGUUUACCAAGAUGGCAAACCAGUGAAAUCCUCCCAGUUUGAGGCUCUGGUGGAACUGGCCACCAUCUGUGCGCUGUGUAAUGACUCCUCCCUGGACUUCAAUGAGGUGAAGGGUGUGUACGAGAAGGUGGGCGAGGCCACAGAGACGGCGCUGACCUGUCUGGUGGAGAAGAUGAACGUCUUCGACACAGAAGUCCACAACCUGUCAAAGAUCGACAGAGCCAACGCUUGCAACUCGGUGAUCAAACAGCUGAUGAAGAAGGAGUGCACCCUCGAGUUCUCCCGGGACAGAAAGUCCAUGUCUGUCUACUGCACCCCCAACAAGUCCCGCUCCGCCGUUGGCAAGAUGUUCGUGAAGGGGGCCCCGGAGGGCGUCAUCGACAGAUGCACUCACGUCCGAGUGGGCAACACUAAAGUCCCCCUCACUCAAGGCAUCAAGGAAAAGAUCAUGUCCGUUAUUCGCGAGUAUGGGACAGGUCGGGACACGCUGAGGUGUCUGGCUCUGGCCACACGAGACAGCCCCCCUAAAACAGAGGACAUGGUCCUGUCCGACAUCGCCAAAUUCUCAGAGUAUGAGUCCGACCUCACCUUCGUCGGCUGUGUGGGCAUGUUGGACCCGCCCAGGCAGGAGGUGGCCGCCUCUAUUAAGUUGUGCCGCCAGGCCGGCAUCCGGGUCAUCAUGAUCACGGGCGACAACAAGGGCACAGCCGUGGCCAUUUGCCGACGCAUCGGCAUCCUGAUGGAAGAUGAUGACAUAGAGCACAUGGCCUUCACUGGGCGGGAGUUUGACGAACUGACCCCCUACGCCCAGCGGGAGGCUGUGACCAAGGCUCGGUGCUUUGCCCGCGUCGAGCCCUCCCACAAGUCCAAGAUCGUUGAGUUCCUGCAAGGAUUCGAUGAAAUAACCGCCAUGACGGGGGACGGAGUGAACGACGCGCCUGCUCUGAAGAAGGCAGAGAUCGGCAUCGCCAUGGGUUCCGGCACGGCCGUGGCCAAGUCGGCCUCAGAGAUGGUCCUGGCAGAUGACAACUUCUCCUCCAUAGUGGCCGCUGUGGAAGAGGGCCGAGCCAUCUACAAUAACAUGAAGCAGUUUAUCAGAUACCUUAUCUCCUCCAACGUGGGUGAGGUUGUCUGCAUCUUCCUGACCGCCGCUCUGGGUUUCCCCGAGGCUCUGAUCCCAGUUCAGCUGCUGUGGGUCAAUCUGGUGACAGACGGCCUCCCCGCCACCGCGCUGGGCUUCAACCCCCCGGAUCUGGACAUCAUGGAGAAGCCGCCCCGUAACGCCAAGGAGCCGCUGAUCUCUGGCUGGCUCUUCUUCAGAUACCUGGCUAUUGGAGGUUAUGUGGGCGCUGCCACUGUGGGAGCUGCUGCCUGGUGGUUUGCAGUGUCAGAGGACGGCCCACAGCUCACGCUCUACCAGCUGAGCCACUUCCUGCAGUGCAGCCCUGACAACCCCGAAUUCGAAGGCUUGGACUGCCACGUGUUCGAGUCGCCGUAUCCGAUGACCAUGGCUCUCUCCGUGCUCGUCACCAUCGAGAUGUGCAACGCUCUAAACAGUCUGUCAGAGAACCAGUCCCUGCUGCGGAUGCCUCCCUGGGAGAACAUUUGGCUGCUGGGGGCCAUCUGUCUCUCCAUGUCCCUCCACUUCCUCAUCCUCUAUGUGGAGCCUCUCCCCGUCAUCUUCCAGAUCACGCCCCUGGACACCACCCAGUGGAUGAUGGUGCUGAAGAUCUCGCUGCCCGUCAUCCUGCUGGACGAGCUGCUGAAGUUCGCCGCUCGGAACUACCUGGAGCUGGGUAAACAGCUGGAGAAGCCGUCCCGCGGAGGCUGCCCCCUGUCUGCAUGCGCUGAGGGCGUCUCCUGGCCCUUCGUGGCCGUCGCCCUGCCCCUGGUGCUGUGGAUCUACAGCACAGACACUAACGUGUCCGCCAUGUUGUGGCCCUGACUGACUCCGGCACACUACCCCUCCUGCACACCAGUGUGAAGUGGACGUUAACACACACCUAACAGUUACAUUAACUCUGAAUAACUCGUUGUAAACAUCCGCACCUGCUCUGACCACUGUCAAAUAUGUUCUACUUACAUUUCCACUGAUACAUUUAUUAUUUUUUUUAUUUUGUUUUUGGGGGGAGAGGGGUUGGUAUUUAGUCAUAUUUUAAUGACUGAUAUUACAUCUGUUAUUUUCCUACCAGGCUUCUCCCAUCUUCGAGCGCCAUAGUGACCAGUUAGAGAAGCCUGUGAUGUUGGAGCUUUGUGUUUUAGCUGUACAGAGAAUUUACACUAUUUUCUAUUAAUAUUUUGUAAUUUUUAGGGAGGGAACAAAGAGUCUCGGACGUGUGAUUGUAACACCAGAAAAGUGCAGAGCUGAAAGGAGGGGAAAGUCUUGCAAUAUAUGAAUCUCAGUUAUUAUUGAACUCUGUACACCUUCAUUAUUUUUCUGCACCAGGCAGAGCGCAGCUACCUCAAUGCUGUUAUUAUAACCAGAAGUAUCCAUUUUGUCUAAACACCAUUUCAAAGGUUAUCACUAAAAGUGUUGAGGUAUGUACCACUUUGUUUUGCUCACACAUUUAAAUUUUUUUUUUACACACACAUAUAUAUAUAUAUAUAUAUAUGUUUAGAUUUAUUUUUCUGUUCUUUUUUAUGGGGAAAAGGACAAAAAUGUGUUACAAAUUUAUUUCACAGCAAUUUUUGAUACAGCCUGUUGUUAAAUAUACAGACGCAGACCAUACAGUUGCUACCCGUGGUAAAGAUGUUUAAAGGGGCAGUAUGAUGUGAAAUCAACUUUUUUGAGCUUUACAUCAGAUUUUAUUAUUCAAAAACCCACCUGUAAUGUUGCUUUAAUUCUCUCAUGCAUGUUUGAGGAAUAUUUUAAUCUCCCGUGGCAACCAUUCUGGUUUGCAAAAUGCCUAGCCUCAUCUCAACUCCUUCAGACUAGCCAGCAGCAAUUAGCAAACACCUGGUGGAACUGCAUGUCUGCUGAGCUCAUCAUAGGAGCUACUUCUCCGAGCAGCACUGAUAGAAAACGUUGUUAAAGGGUUCAUAAAGUGUUAAUAGAGAAACACUGUUGUGAUGACGUGCUGGAAAGAGCAGGAGAUUCUUAAAGAGACAGGCCCAGUUUCAAGGUGUUAAUUGGCAAAGUCAAAUUUUGUGAAAUGUCAUUGCUAGGAAAUGAUGCUGUAUGUCUGGAAAGUAUAUAACACUGCCCCUUUCAAAAGCCUGAAAAUGAAUUCAUUUCAUUUGAGUACAUUUAUUCAAUGGGAUAUCAUGUUAAGAAAUAUUUUUUGGCAAAGUUCCACUUACCAAUCCCUUCAGAAUAAAUCUAUCCGAGGCAUUAUUUUAAUUUACACUUGAUGUUUUUUUUAGUUAUGUAAAUACAUUAAUUUACAAUACAUUAAAAUACAUGCACCGAUUUGCAGUUUUUUGGCCAAUCACCAAUCUUCAAAAAGACUGACCUGACAGUGCUGGUUUUGGCUGAUACCAAUUUUUUUCAGCAUUGUUGCUAAAUAUAGUGACACAGUGGUGUAUUUCUUUUAGCCAAUGGGCUGGAUCAGGAUACUUGCUUUGACUGGCCACCACAAACGUGUGAGCAGGAUGGUUAAGCGGUAACAAGUGGGAUGUUGGAGUCGUGUGCGGACCGGCGGGGUCACACUGACCCCACGUAUGCUUUUACAACCUAUUUUUCUUUUGUGUGUCGUUUCGGGAACUGACGGUCUGACGGACAGUCCGACUGUGACAUCUACCACAAGAGAGUUAAAGAACUUCCCGCUGAACAAAUGUACUCAAAUUAAAGGUUCGAUUUUUCGGAAAAUGCCCGACACCUUCCACGCUGCUACAUUAAAAGUAAAAUUUAUUAGAUUGUUUUUCCACACCUCCUCACCAAAGUACCAACACUUAAUUCUGUCUGUAUAUACUUGAAAACUUUUUUUCUCAUUAUCUUCAGCUUUUCUUUAGAUUCUGCCUUUAUUCCUACUGUUAUGAUUUUAAUACGCGAGUAUCCCGCACAUACUGUACUUGAAUGUGUAAAAGGAAAAAAAAGUCUCAUGAGCAUAGCACAACGUGAACAUUUUAAGAAAAAAAGACAAAAAAAAGGACUCAUAAGGCUGAAACAGCUGAUGUAUAUCUGUACAUAACAUACAAGUAGAGUAUGUAUAUUUUAUUUGUCGAUGUCAUAAAGCAGCGACACUAGAGUCUCCUUCUAGUGGGGACGAUUAGCACCUCUCUGCAUGCCUACUUCACUCCAGCGCUGGUUGUGGGUUUGUUUGUGUUUCUUUUUGUUUUGUUUUGGUUUUAGAUCCACAGUCGGGAGUUUUACCCGCAGAGUGAGAACUCUAAUCAGCAUGCCGACUACCAGCUCAUCCUCAGAAAAAAAAAAACCCGUCUGUUUGUUACUGCUGUAUGUAUAUUAAGGUUGAACAAGUACAGAGAGAGAGUGAAAACUGAGAUUGUAUUGUGAAAUGCCAUCAGUGCCACCAAGUGCCAGUGGCACACUGACCGGAAACAUGUUUCCAGGCUCAGUGUCGCUGGCGCUGGUUGUUUUUGAUUGUAGACUGGCAGAAACAAGUGCCCAUAUAUUAAUACAGGAUAUAACUUUGAUACAUUUGUUUUUGUGUGUGUGUGUUUUUGUCGUGACCUGCAUUGGGUCCCAUCCUAUCUGAGCUUCCCACACAUGAUUUCUGCCGUCUGACUCUUCCUUUUCUUCUUGUUUCCUUUCACAGGAAAGGCCAAAUAAACCCUCCUCUUUGCUUUUUAUUAUUUUUAUUUUUUUGUUUAUCUUUACAGAAACUUUGGGUUUGGUUUUUGUAGUGUGCAUGUGUGUUUUGGGGGCAGCGCGUCUUUACAAAGAGCUGCCUGCAGCUGUGACAUGAAGUCCAAGGCUGUAAACGAACGUCGGUCAGAAAGCAGUCGGCCCCGUCUUCCUGCAUGAGGAGCCUCAGAUGAAACAUUUCUCCCUCCAUCUUUGGAAGCUGGUAGAAUACACUGUAUAGGUCAUUCGUUUCUUCAUGCUGCAUGUCAGCUGCUUCAUCAGAACCUUCUAAUCAACAGUGUAUAGUGUUAGUAAAUCAAUCAAUUAGACAUUUGUCAGAUUAAUACAAAUGUUAUAAAGCUUAAGAGAAAUCUGUUUUUUUUUCUAAGGAAAUACUUUUAUGGGACAUUUAACAAAACAAAAACUGUUUAAUUUUGGGCGUUUUUUUUUUUCUUUUUUUUCUUCGCUUUGCACUGAUACGUGCAAUGUGUUUGGAGGAUUUUCUUUUUUUUGCCAUAUCUGGGAAGGGUGGCUGUGGAGUGAUGCAUAAUGUUUUACUGUAAGUACGUCAGGCACUGGCGUUUCGUUGCCAAACUGCUGUACUGUAUUUUCAGAUAAUUGUACUAUGUAUCACAUGAACCGUUUCAGGUAAAUAAAAAAAAUUACUGUCAUACAUGA